UGUGCUGAUCUGAAUGUAAACAAAUAUUUAAUUUAAAAAAAUACAAAGGAUAAUGGUGAUAUGGUGUGAAUAAUUUGUAAUAAUUUAAAGAGCGAAACGAAGUACUCGACAUCGUACUCAAAUACUCAAUGAUCAUAGUAUUAUGAGUAUAAUUUACAGCGAUAUCGGUGCAAGAAUGUGGAAACUCAAUAAAACAAUUUUGCGGCAAGCCUAUUCAAUAUCAAAUAUUCCAACAUUAUACAAACCUGUACUGAAUGGUACAGCAGUCCGAUGGAAGGUCCCAGCAGCAAGUUAUUGUCAAUAUCGGAACCUAACCUCAAAAGUUCAGACUUUAUUUCUAACCAGAAGCUUACAUGAACAAAAAGAAAUUCGUAUCCAGAAUCAUGAUUGUGAACCACACUGCAACACUUUUACGUUCAGGACGCACAACUGUGGAGAACUGCGACCCUCAAAUGCUGGACAAAAGGUCACUUUAUGUGGAUGGGUACAAUAUUAUAGGUUAUCCAAAUUCAUACUGUUACGGGACUCUUACGGUAUCACACAGUGCGUAGUGAGUGACCAUAGCUCUCUACCUGAUGUUCCCUUGGAGACAGUGGUGAAAAUAGAAGGAAUUCUACAAUUACGACCCAAAGACACAAUCAAUACUAACAUGGCUACUGGAGAAGUUGAAGUUGUUAUUGACAAUUUGGAAAUACUAAAUACAAAUGAUAAACUUCCAUUCAAUUUGCGAAAUUAUCAAAAACCUAAGGAGCAGCUCAGAUUACAACAUCGGUACAUUGAUCUACGGUUUCCAGAAAUGCAAAGCAACUUGAGGAAGCGAUCACAAAUGCUGCACAAUAUUAGAAAAUUUCUUGUUGAAAACCAUGCCUUUGUGGAAGUGGAAACACCUACAUUGUUUUGCCGAACCCCUGGUGGUGCAAGGGAGUUCGUAGUGCCUACACAUCAUUCCGGAUUAUUCUACUCGUUAGUCCAAAGUCCUCAACAGUUCAAACAGAUGUUAAUGGUUGGAGGCAUUGACAGAUACUUUCAGAUCGCCAGAUGUUACCGUGAUGAAACCACGCGACCUGACCGACAACCAGAAUUUACACAGCUUGAUAUUGAAAUGUCUUUUACGGACCGAGAAGGAGUUAUCAGUUUAAUAGAAAACUUACUUUAUGAAACGUUUCUCAAAGAUCUCCCAAAACCCCCAUUUAGGAGGAUGACUUAUGAAUAUGCUUUACAAAAUUAUGGUACAGAUAAGCCUAAUUUAACUUACGACUUGAAGUUUGUAAAUAUAAAGCAUUUAUUUAAUGAAAAAUCAUCGAGUGAUGAUUUUGGAGCAUAUGCACUACCAUAUUCCAGUAAAUUAGGAAAACUAACGACAACAACAAAAAAUGCAAUUAAGAAAUUGAGUGAAAAAUAUCAAGUAAAAGUAGUUUUAAAUGAAAAAAUAUCUAAUGAAUUUGGUACUGAAUUUACUGAAAAAUUGCAGUUGCAAAAUGAGAAUUCAUGUAUAAUUUCUAUGGGAGAUAAUCGGAAUGCAUGUCUAUGCUUAGGUGAAAUAAGAGAAAUGGUGGCAACACUGCUUCUGUCUAAAAAUCUACUAGAAGUUGAAAAGAAUGUAUGUCCCUUAUGGGUUGUGGACUUCCCGUUAUUUGAAAAAGGAGAACAUGGUUUGGAAACCUGUCAUCACCCAUUUACUGCUCCUCAUCCAGACGACAUUCAUUUGUUGGAUACUCAACCUUAUAAAGUAAGGUCACUAGCUUAUGACAUUGUUAUGAACGGCAAUGAAAUCGGAGGUGGAUCAGUCCGUAUACAUAACGUUGAACUGCAGGAGAAGAUAUUAAAAAUGUUAAAUAUAAGCCCGGAGAGUUUGUCACAUUUUCUGAAUGCUUUGAAGAGUGGUUGCCCCCCACAUGGUGGGUUGGCAAUAGGAAUAGACCGCCUAGUCUCAGUCGCAUGUGAUGCUGAGUCAAUAAGAGAUGUCAUAGCGUUUCCUAAGUCUCAUGAAGGAAAAGAUCCAUUAUCAGGGGCUCCCAAUCCAAUAACAGAAGAGGACAAAAAGUAUUAUCACAUAGCUACUGUGGAAAGUACAUAGCUGUAAGCUAGAAUUUUAUAUUUUGUUAUUAUAUUAUUAUGUAUUAAAAUGUUAAUAAAUUGUGAUACUUUAAUUGUAAGUUGAAAAGUAGCUGGGCGAAAAAUUCACGACAGGAGUUACUUAUUGGUAGCAAAAUUACUAUGAUGACAAACUAUAAAAUUGCUGCGAUUUCAUGGCAGGUUUUAUAUGACGACUUUCUUCCAUACUUUUCAUAAAUUUUUCAUGGAA